UGAAAUUUCAAUGCUCCCAUUGGAUCUGUCCUAACCUCUGCAUUAAAUCAGUUUGUUGACUCCCUCGCUCUCUGGUCUGCUACUGCUACUCCUUAUAUACCGAGGACUUCGCUGUGCCUAUCCUGCAUUCCCCCACUAGCAAGCUAUCUCUCUCCCCCCUACAGAAAUGGGAAAGCUUGACAAUUGCUGUGGCAAUGGCAAGCAAUCAGUUCUCUGCAUUUGUCUCCUCCUCUCAGUUGGAUUGCUAGCUGUGGUGCCGAGGGAUGCAGAAGGAUACAUUGGAGCGUGCACGAAAGAGCUGAAUCCAGACAGUUGCAUAGUGCCAGCAUGCCAGGCAGAGUGCUUCACAAGUCACAAGGGGUGGGGACACUGUGCACAUUCGUCGCUCGAUGGUAUCUUCCACUGCGUUUGCUACUACCCUUGCCCUCACGAUCCCUGAAGAUUCUCUCUUUGUCAUCCCUCUCAGCGUUACUUAUGAUGACUGUGAACAUCAUCUCACUAAGAACUAAAUAAAUCAAACAAUAAAGAUAUGAACUUGGCAGGAUCUCCCUUUGUUUUUCCUCCUUUCAUAUGAAUGGUCUUUUGCUGAUGAACUAGUUUGUUCUGAUCCUAUCAAGAACUGAGAAAAACAGAAAUCAAACUGGAAGCCCACAUACAAUUUACAAACACUAAGAUCACAGGACUCGAGAAAGAUUCGUCCGAACAAACUAGGCUAGUUUAAGAUCUUUAACAUGGAUUUGCAGUCAGACUCGGAUUUAUCUUCGAUUCUAAUGCGAAAGCAGUUUUCUUGGGGGAGCCGUAAUGUGUUCUGCUGUGGGUGGAGAAGUGAAAGGUGAAACUGGGGGCU